AACACACUUCAUCGUCUUGUCACAACCUUUGAACUUGCUUUUUCUGAGAUCUCUCUCACUUUUUCGUUCUCCUGCUACUACGCUUCUUUUACUCUCUGUUUUUUUUGUUUUUUUCUACUGAGAUUCCGAGUUUAUUUAUGCUAACUAAAGAGAGAGAGAGAGAUUAGGAAGAGAGACGGACGGCUAUGGCGGCUACAGAAUCUGGACGGUCUCAAUUCAUUUCGAGUCCCGGCGGUAACAGAAGCUUCUCCAACUCUCCACUCAUCGAGAACUCUGAUUCCAAUCAGAUUAUCGUCUCUGAGAAGAAGAGCUGGAAGAAUUUUUUUGCUUACUUAGGCCCUGGUUUUCUCGUUUCAAUCGCAUAUAUUGACCCUGGAAAUUGUAAGUUCCAUGAUCUCAUAGGAAAACAUUUAGCUGAGCAAUGUAGAGCUGAGUACUCCAAAGUUCCAAACUUUCUGUUAUGGGUCGUUGCAGAAAUUGCAGUUGUAGCUUGUGACAUACCUGAAGUGAUUGGAACAGCUUUUGCUCUGAACAUGCUCUUUAGCAUACCGGUGUGGAUCGGUGUUCUCCUGACUGGCUUGAGUACGCUGAUUCUUCUUGCUCUUCAAAAAUACGGGGUGAGGAAGUUGGAGUUCUUGAUUGCAUUUCUUGUGUUCACAAUUGCUAUAUGCUUCUUCGUUGAGCUCCAUUACUCAAAGCCAGACCCUGGAGAAGUCCUACAUGGUCUCUUUGUUCCUCAACUUAAAGGAAACGGCGCAACUGGUCUCGCUAUCUCUUUGCUCGGAGCCAUGGUUAUGCCGCAUAAUCUUUUCCUCCACUCGGCCUUGGUUCUAUCCAGAAAAAUCCCUCGUUCUGCUUCUGGAAUCAAGGAAGCUUGCAGGUUCUACUUGAUAGAAAGUGGCUUGGCUCUAAUGGUGGCCUUUCUCAUAAACGUCUCUGUGAUAUCAGUAAGUGGUGCUGUUUGUAAUGCCCCCAACUUGAGCUCCGAAGAUCGAGCUAACUGUGAGGAGUUGGACUUGAACAAGGCAUCGUUUCUGCUACGGAACGUCGUGGGGAAAUGGAGCUCAAAGCUGUUUGCGAUCGCGCUUCUUGCUUCCGGUCAGAGCUCGACGAUAACCGGAACUUAUGCUGGACAAUACGUAAUGCAGGGCUUUCUUGAUCUACGACUCGAGCCAUGGCUCAGAAACUUACUAACAAGAUGCUUAGCUAUAAUCCCGAGUCUGAUUGUUGCUCUCAUUGGCGGUUCAGCUGGAGCCGGAAAGUUAAUCAUCAUUGCCUCGAUGAUCUUGUCUUUUGAGCUCCCAUUCGCGCUGGUUCCUCUCCUCAAAUUUACUAGCUGCAAAACCAAGAUGGGUUCACACGUCAACCCAAAGGCGAUAACAGCUUUGACUUGGGUCAUUGGUGGUUUAAUCAUGGGGAUCAACAUAUACUAUCUAGUAAGCAGUUUCAUCAAGCUACUUAUCCAUAGUCAUAUGAAGCUUGGCCUCGUUAUAUUCUGUGGAAUUCUUGGGUUCGCAGGCAUUGCUAUUUAUUUAGCCUCCAUAGGUUACCUAGUCUUCCGGAAAAACAAAGAAGCCACUCCUCUUCUUUCCUCAAGAAACUCACAACAUGUGGAGACACUUCCAAGAGAAGACAUUGUCAACAUGCAGUUACCUAAUAGAGUGUCUACGUCUGAUGUUGAUUGAUUCCAAUAACAUUAGACCCAAACCAACGAGUUCACUAAUCAGACCCUAAUAAGAAUCGGUUUGUGUCUCUUUUUCUUUAAUCAGAUUUUCCUAGGAACAACUUUGUCUUCUAAUAACACAUCGGAUAAUAAAACCAUUGCUUCCAUCAUCA